GGCUACCACUGAGCGCUCAAGCGCCUUUCCAACACAUCAGCGCGUUUCAGUCCUUCGUCUCUCCGUGUAUUUCGUUUCUGCGCUCCGAACCGAAAUGAUCCCUCUGAGGGCGACUAGUUACUGUCAAUUUUCUACGAUCAUUUAAACCUUAAGAGGAAAAAAAGAGAAGGUUUUCAUCUCAGGACAGGCUCGGAGGGAGCAGGGCACAGAGGGUUAUUGGAGAGCGAGGUUAUUCGGAUUAUUACAGCUUAGGACAGCGGACACUAUCCUUAGCAGAAGAGGACGGUGCUUUGACUUACUUUCAUGCGCAGUUUAUGUCCGGCAUAUUUAAAAAAAAUCCAAAUAGUUUUCCUCGCUUUUGUAGUGGAAUAUGAUCCCCCUACGGAUGCACGCACUUCUGAGCGCUUUGUGCAGACAGUAGCUGGUGAAACCACUAACCUGUAGGAGGAUAACAAACUAAAACGCGACUUGUUUUUUGUUUUUUUAUUGGAAAAACCUAUUUGAAUAACUCUGCGAGUCUAAAAGCUGCAGCAGGAUGCAUCGUUGAAACGAUCCCGUUGUUGAAAUCGGAUCUGCUGCGCCUUCGGGGAUGAGAGACAGGAUGACCCUCAGCGGCGCUGCGCUGCUUCUUGUCCCGAUGUGCUGCCUGAUGUCCGGGACCUGCCUGUCAGCAACUCUUAGUGGACUUAGAGAUAACAUUUUGGGGAGAGAGACAUUCAAGAGUGUGACAAACUUCAGCUCCUUCCUGCUUGACCCUUCCUCAGGCACCCUCUUCCUGGGUGCCAGGGACGCCAUACUAGCUAUAGAUACCAAGAACCUGAACCAACCACCGAAAAAGAUUGACUGGGCUGUACCAAAAGAGAAGAGGAAGUCUUGUGUGGGGAAGGGAAAGACAGAGGUUGACUGCAACAACUACAUCCGUCUAUUGGAAUUCCUGAAAGAUGGUCGCAUCUAUGUGUGUGGGACCUACGCAUUUGACCCCCAGUGUGCAUUUCUGCAGCAUUCCUCCUUCACUUUGGAAAAAACAGCGGAGGGAGACGUGAAGGUGGAGUCUGGUAAGGGCAAGUGUCCCUUUGAACCCAGCCAGCGUUACACAGCUGUAAUGGCAGAUGGAAUCCUAUACACUGCAGCCACCAGUAACUUCCUGGGAACUUCCUAUGAUAUCUCCAGGGCAACUGGCCCUGAGCAGGAGCGUGUCCGAACUGAACAGUCCAUCAACUGGCUCCAUUAUCCAGAGUUUGUUAGCUCAGCCUACAUAGAGCAGACCCCUGACAGCAACCCAACUGGAGAUGAUGACAAAAUCUACUUCUUCUUCACGGAGAUGGCAAAAGAGCACGAUCUGUAUACCAAAGUGCCAAGGGUGGUACGGGUCUGCAAGUCUGACGUGGGAGGCAUGAAGACUCUGCAGCGGCGAUGGACCACUUUCCUCAAGGCCCAGCUGGUGUGUGAGGACAAACCCAGCGGUCAACGCUACAACAUCCUGACCGAUGUUUUCACAGCUCGGCACUCUCCAGGAGACCCCAGCAGCACACACUUCUAUGGACUGUUUACCUCCCAGUGGGAGCCCAAUGAUGUUUCAGCGGUGUGUGUUUUCAGUCAGUUUGACAUCAUCAAAGUGAUGGACGGCCCCUUUAAAGAGCUAAAGAAGACAUGUGAGAACUGGAAUACUCCUGAGACGGUCCCAACUCCGAGACCAGGCCAGUGUUUGAACAGCGCUUUAAGGGCUGAAGGAUUCGAAUCUUCUUUGAAACUUCCUGACAAGGUGCUGACGUUUGUGAGGGACCAUCCUCUAAUGGAGAACAGUGUCACAGCAGCACCUGUGCUGGUGCGUAAGGGAAUUAAAUACACCAAGCUAGCGGUUACCCUAAUGGGUGAAGCAGAGGACCAAAGAGGAUUUGUCCUUCAUCUUGGAACAGAUCGAGGUGAACUCCACCAGGUGGCAGUAGCGGGCCAAAAUGCAACUUUACUACAAGAGAUUCCUCUCUUCUCAUCAGAAGAGCCUGUUAACAAUAUAUUACUAUAUCAGGGCCAAGCACUGGUGGGAAGCUCGCUGUCUGUGGCCAGAGUCCAGGCUGAAGGCUGCGCUCUAUAUUCCAGCUGUGAGAUCUGUGCCAGAGCCAGAGGAGUGGGCUGUGAGUGGAGCGAAGAAGAUCAAACCUGCAGCUUUACAGACACAGAUCCCGGCCCAGGUGACGUUGUGGAUGAGGCCUUAAAAAAGUGUCAUCCACCAGUGGGACGAUGCAAUCCAACCACCAGGGAGCUGAAAGUCUCCAUCGGGGUGCGGAUCCUGUUGCCAUGUGUCCAGCUUUCCCCUCGUCCUUGUAGCUGGGAGUAUCCUCCCCACAGACACACAAGGCAACACCACUCUGACUUGGCAGUGACUGUGACAGAUGAAAAUGUGGGAAAAUAUGUUUGCAUCUGUCAGGAGGGAGGACCCAACAUCAGAGACCCGACCCCCUGCCGCCGAGCAGCUUUCUUUCUGAACCUGGAUGGCCCCAGUACUGGAGGAUCAACGGCCCUUGCGGGAAGCAGACAUGUCUUAGCAGUCUACAUUUUGUUCUUCUUCUUGGGUCUAAUGUGUGGAGCGUUUCUUCUCAACUUUGUAUACCGGAAGCAGACCAAUAAACACCAGGACCAUCACGCCCCAGAUAAUUCAUUUUCAUCAGGAAGAGGGCGGAACUUGCUUGGCUCAUCGACAACUCCUCAGUCCCAAAGCAGUUCUAGCAUGGUUUCUGAAGGAUUCAGAUCAAUGGGAAAGCAAAAUGGCAAGACUACUUCAACCACAACCACUACGCUCCUCAGCAAUCAAGGUAACGGUGGCCACCUUGCUAACAGCUACAGCGGUGGCCAGAUUAUCAGCAGCCCAAGUAAUGGGCAUUCACUGAACGCAGACUGUGACACAAGCAGCAGCGGGCUGAAGCUGAACUCUGAAAUUCUAUUAUCGAAUGCGCUGAGGGGAAGGACGGGGGUGAGGGGGCAGGUGCAGCCAGAGGGAGAAGAGAAGGAGCCUGGGAGAGAAAACGAGGCGAAUGAGGAGCCGAGAGAUAAGAGGAGGGGACUAGAGGACGACCUCAGCAGUUUCCCUAUGUUAGAGUUUCAAGCACCAAUGGCUCAAUGUGAAGAAAGCUCAAUAUGAAGGGAAACAUUCCUCAGCCUGCAAAUAAUCUGAAUACCACUGUAGGUACUACCAAAUGCCUUUGAAUGGGAGCUGUGACAUGAAGAGAUACUACAGAGCUUUAUAAUCUCUAACUGAACUUCUAUGAAUUGACUGAAGGGCAGAGCAGAAAAUAUAAGUAUGUGAUACACUGCUGUCUUAGACACUCAGGAGAGCCACAGCUUACAUUGGUUGGAUGUAAAUUUCAAAUGUAAAUACCUUUGUUGUCAAUAUGAAAGUCAGCUGUCAUAAAAACUCUGAUGUAAGUCUAAUGUUACAAGGAAAUCAAAGAUGAAAUGUCUACCUGUGUAGGCAUGGAAAAGCCA